AGUGUUCCAAGAAAGAUCGUGAGAGAUUUUCUAUUUCUUUAAUUAAUCACGAAUGCACUAAUAAAAAAAUCUGGUAUCAAGGGAGAUGCUAUCCGUCUUUGACUAUAAAUCUGAAGCCCAGAGGUCCAAGUAUGCAUUGCAAAAACAAGAGUAGAACAAAAUGGGUGGAAAGGGUUGGUUUCUGCUCAAGCUUCUAAUGUUCCAAGGUCUUUUCACUUCACGUCUUCAAGAUCCAGGCUUUGAUUUCUUUUACUUUGUUCUUCAGUGGCCAGGAGCCUAUUGUGAUACAAAGCGUGCUUGUUGCUAUCCAACAACCGGUAAACCAGCGGCAGAUUUUGGCAUUCACGGUCUGUGGCCUAAUUACAACGAUGGUUCAUAUCCAUCAAACUGUGAUCCCGACAGUGAAUUUGAUCCAGCUGAGAUAUCGGAUCUGGUAAGUACUAUGCAAACGAAGUGGCCAACACUAUCGUGUCCGAGCAACAAUGGUUCCAAGUUCUGGGAACACGAAUGGGAAAAGCACGGAACGUGUUCCGAAUCCGUAAUGGAUCAACAUAAGUACUUUGAGAAUACUCUUGCACUCAGAGAUAGAGUCAAUCUUCUUCAAAUCCUUCAAGACGCUGGAAUCAACCCAGACGACGAGUUCUAUGAUCUUCAAGAUAUUAAAAACGCGAUAAAAGAUGGGACUGGGUUUACUCCAGUAAUCCAUUGUAACAAAGAUCCGGAUAAAAACAGCCAACUUCACGAGAUCUUCUUUUGCGUCGAUACAUCAGGAACCGAGUUUAUCGAAUGUCCAAUUAUCCCUAGAGAUAGAUGUCCUUCUAAACUCCAGUUUGCUAUGUUUUAAUUAUAUCUUUCUUUGAGUGUUUUGUUAUAAACCUUUUCUAAUUUCUCUCUGUAUUUUCAGAAGCCGAAGUUCAUGUGGACUAAAAAUGUAAUGUCUUACAUGUUACUUAAUUUAUCUAAAAUUUAAUAAGACGAGCCUUGGUGUGAUAAUUUCAUGCAUGUCUAUAAAUUACAGUGUAUUAUUCUAAUGCAAUAUACAUACACAUGUCAUUAAGGAGCAACUUCAACCCAAAUACAGACAUAUCAUCAAGGAAAAACUUCAACCAUAAUUAUUAUUAACUAUUAAGAACAUCUCUAAAAGCAACCUCUGAACAGUAAACUUUUCUAUUUGAAAUUCUACGGUACAAAAGUUCAUCUUCGAAGUUCCAUAUUUUGAAGUCCUUAUGGUUAGUUUUUUUUUUUUGAAACACAAGUCCUUACAAUUAGUUAUCUUUCAAAAUUAUCUUGCUAAAUUUUAUAGUUAUUAUUUUAUUCCUUUAAAUUUUUUAUUUCCUGAAAAUACAAAACAUAUUAUAACAUUAAGUAAAAGAAUUAUAGAAAAAAAAUAUUACAAAAAAAAAUUAGUACAAAAUAAAAAGAUAAAACUACAUGAAAACAUAAAUUUUACAUCAAUUAAAAUAUUAAAAUAUUACUAAU